AUGACUGUUGUGUACUUAUUCGCCACGCAUACGAGAAACGUCGAUAGAUCGCUUGCAUGUGAACUUACAAGGCUCGGAGGAGAGAUUCACGAAGAUGAGUCAUGUUCGUCUAAGACCGUGUUUUCUAUGGAAAUUGGUGAGAACGUGGAAAAGCUCUUACUUUUGCGUUGUCUUCGAUAUGCUGAUGAAAUCUACUUGCAAAUUUAUCAUAACAGGAUGCAUCCUAGCAAGGAUCAUCCGGAUUGUCCAGUUGAAUUGCGUGGCUAUUUAUCGCUCCUAUUUUACGGUAUUAACUAUGUGCCCGAGAUCUCACGAUGUAUAGACUUACUUGACAAAUUAGUUGGAAACUUCGACACUGUGGCCGGAGAACCUGUGCGGAUACACUUCAAUAUUUUCACCUCUGAAAUCAGUCCAACGUGGAAGCAAGGAUUGGAGAUCGUGCGACGAGAAUUGCCCCGUCAUAUCAAUUACGCUCUCAACGAGAACCAUCUCAAUUGGUCAAUUUCCUGUUAUAACACUGUGUUCAAAAAUGAAGAUGGAAUCAACGUCAUGAUUUUUGCUGAUCGACAUGACAUCUAUGCUGGUGUGCUGUUGUAUGAUGAGGAGAUCUUCCGACCCUAUCUUACAUUUUGGCAACUCAGUGGUGCGGUGGCAGCUACAGUGGUGGAGUUAGCAGAAAUUCACGAUGGUGACAUCGUGCUGGACAUGGCAUGCGAUUGUGGAGAACUUACACUUGAAGUCCUGAGGAACUACGAUUGUUUUUGCAUUGCGAUGAGCCCAAAAAUCGACCAACUAGCAAUGGCAGAAGUGAACUGGGUUGGACUUCAAAAUCACCUGAAGAAGGAGGCUGGUAGUAGAGCAAGACAUCUUCAAUUUAUUGCGGCAGAGUUCAACAAAGAUUUCUUCAACUUCAACGUAGUCAACAAAAUUCUGUGCAGUCUUCCCUUGAGAUGGUGGAAAGAAAAUUCUGAGACGCUAGAUUUAUACUACGACAAAUUAUUCACCAUAAUCAGCAAGUGUCGGCAGGAAACCCAUUCGGUGUUAUUGAUUCCGCUCACGAAAGACCAUAAGCAACGGGUAAACCUGGCAAGCACUUCGAAUAAAUACAACUUCCAGGUUCUUAUCAUGCGACGCCUUAUAACGCGUUCCACGCAGAUGUACGUUUGCCUCUUGGAGACGAAACUUCCUCGACUGGCAUUUCCUGAGCGAAGCCGAGGAGUGGAUUUCCUUAUGUCACAAGACUCUCUUCUUUCUCAUACACUUGAUCUCUCUGUCCCACAAAGCCCUUUAAUUAGAACAAGUCACAGCCUAAAUCUCGCUCCUGUGUCGGACCAUUUCAUUCAUAAUUCACUAUGUCUACCAAUGUUACAGCCAACAACAUCCUUAGAUCUACCUAUUCAACAUACAAGUACUUCGAUGGAUUUCUCCAUUUCUCGUCCCCCAUUAGAAUUGCCUCCUUUAUCCAUAUCCAGUGACCGACUCAUCGGAUCAAAUAUAUUCGACUUUCUACUUGACGAUUCGAGUAUGGAUGAACAUUGA